AUGGCUCUCAACGAUGCGAAUCUGCCUACCUUGGCGGAUGAGAAGCCAGAGGAGGCGAUCUUGGAAUCUAGGGUGUUGAUCAUCAUGACCGGAGGUACAAUUUGCAUGCAGCAGUCACCACAUGGGUUCAUUCCUGCCCGAGGGUUCCAAGAAAAAUGCAUGGCGCGAGUCCCCUCAUUCAACGAUGGUUCGUUAUCGGUCCCGAUGGACGUCAUCACCAACUCCAAGGGCGAUAUCACAGCCCAUCCCAGCUUGAGCACCCCAGUCACGAGAUACGGCCGCAAAGUGCGGUACACGGUCUAUGAAUUCGAAGAGCUGCUAGACAGCAGCUCCAUCAACGCGAAAGGUUGGGCUGAAAUUGCGGAGUCCAUUUAUCAGAACUACACGCUGUUCGACGGAUUCGUGAUUUUGCACGGCACAGACAGUUUGGCAUACACUUGCUCUGCUUUGAGCUUCAUGCUCCAGAAUCUCGGAAAGCCCGUGGUGCUCACGGGAUCGCAGGCGCCGAUGCUGGAGCUCCAAAAUGACGCGACUGAUAACCUGCUUGGGUCGCUUGUCGUGGCCGGCCACUUCAUGAUCCCUGAAGUGUGUUUGUACUUCAAUAAUAAGCUGUUCCGGGGUAACCGGACUACCAAGGUUUCUGCUAGUGAUUUUGCGGCCUUUGAUGCCCCGAACUGUCCCCCGUUGGCUACGACCACGUCGAUGCGCACCAAUGUGAAUUGGGAUAUGGUGCACCGGCCCACGAGCCUGGCGCAGUUCCGUAUCCAAACGAAUUUGGACACGACUCAUGUUGCUUGUCUCCGGAUUUUCCCUGGUAUCAAGCCUGAGAUGGUGGAUGCUGUUUUGAAGCUGGACGGACUGCGUGGUUUGAUUUUGGAGACAUUUGGGGCUGGUAACGCGCCGUCCGGGCAGGAUAAUGCCAUGAUUAACGUGCUGGCCAGCGCCAUUCAGCGAGGAAUUGUUAUUAUUAACAUUACUCAAUGUCUUACUGGCAGUGUCAGCCCUGUCUAUGCCACCGGCAUGAGCUUAUCACGAGCAGGUGUUGUGGCUGGUCUCGAUAUGACCACAGAGGCCGCGUUGACAAAGCUCGCUUAUUUACUCGCUCUGCCAGAUUCCACACCGGAGUCCGUCGCGCAGAACAUGUCGCUAUCCCUCCGGGGUGAGCUGACCGAAUCUUCUGUUCCGGUGUUCCGACAUCCCGACGGAGCUCUGCCCGAGCGCGUACAGACGCUCACUGUUCUGGGUUACGCCAUCGCACAGGGUGAUCUCGAUAAAGUCAUGACAAUCAUGAAAACGGAACAACACUGGCUACUAAAUGACGCCGACUAUUCCGGCAACACACCUAUUCACUUGGCGGCCACAUCUCCCGCCAUUUCUAUACUCCACUUCCUUCUUUCACAAGGUGGAUCCGUUCAUCUACGCAACCGCAACGGUCGCACACCCCUAUUCCUGGCCGCAAAUGCAGGUCUCUCGGAUCAUGUGUUGCUCCUCCGGAAAUCCGGAGCUCAUUUGCACUCAGAUGAGCGACCGGCCGCUGAGCUCUUAGCUCGUCGUAGACCAGGUGUUUGGGGAUUAGCGGGCAUUGACCCCAGAGAAAAUAACCAACGCGAACUCGACGAGGAAAACAGUGGCGCUGGGCGGAGUCGGACCAUGGCCGGGUCAGCACCGUGA